CUUGCGUAACAUGUUGCGUACAGAGCCUUGGACAAUGCUACCACAAUGUACACAAAAAUAUAUUCUAAGAAACAAACUGUUGUCGUACAGUGUUCACCAAGGCCAUUGGUUUCAGCUCUAGAUCAGCAUCAGUCAGUAUUAAAUGCCACACACAAUAAGCUGUAUACGCGCUUUAUAAUGGAAUGAGGUGCAUAUAGUGGUGAAAAGGUGGUUACCGGCUGAGCUUUUCAUUCUUUGUUAUAGUGCGGCUGACUGGUUUGACAUGGAGCUGUUCGAAGCAAAAAAUCUUAAAGUCUCCCUUUACGAUAAGGGGACGACAAUCAGAGAAAUUGCUGCUGAAAAAGUCAAAGUGCAAACCGACCCAGAAAGAGAGGACUUGGAUGACCCUUUUUUUAUAUUCGACAUCGGCGACGUCAUCGCUAAAGACAGGCAAUGGAGGGAUUUACUACCAUCUGUGGAAACAUUCUAUGCUGUUAAGAGCAACCCAGACCCAGUGAUCGUGAAGCUGAUGAUAGCACUUGGGAGAGGCUUUGAAUGCGCUAGUAAGAAUGAGAUUCAGAUGGUGUUGGAUCUUGGGGCAAGUCCUGAAAAUGUCAUUUUUGCUCAUCCUUGCAAGCAAGCUUCGCAUAUUCGAUUUGUCCAGGAGAAAGGGGUGCGGAAGAUAAUCUUUGACACGGAAGAGGAACUUUACAAGGUCAAACGGAUAUAUCCGGGUGCAGAGCUUGUUCUACGGAUAAUAUACGACAGCAAGACGGCCAUGUUUGUAACUGGAGUUAAGUUUGGCUGCCAUGAGGAAGACGUGCUCCCUCUUCUAACACUGGCUAAGAAACUUGAGUUGGAUGUCGUUGGGGUCAGUUUCUAUAUUGGAUCUGAGCUUCAAGACAAGGAUGAUUUUGAAGGAGUAAUACAGUAUGUGAGCCCAAUAUUUAAAUUGGGACGUUCUCUGGGUCUUAGCAUGAAUCUAUUGGAUCUUGGAGGUGGGUUCCCCGGAAGGUUGCGCCCGAAGACACCCUUUGAGGAGUUUGCAGAUAGUAUAAAGAUGUCUUUGGCAAAGCAUUUCCCACCAAGCCGUGGUGUUCGAGUCGUCGCUGAGCCAGGCACGUUCUACACACGAUCAGCGGGAUGGCUCCUGGCUAAUAUAAUGGCCAAACGUUUCUACAAAGGACCUCAGGGUGUCCAAAACGUCGUCCAAAACGGUGAAGGGGAUGUCAAAAAUGUUGAAGAAUAUCCAGUUAUGAUGUACUACCUGAAUGUUGGCAUUUACAAUUCAUUGUUGAUGUCAUUUCUGGACCAAACUUACUUCGACCUUCCGGAGCCGCUAAAGACUUCAAGAAAGGACGCUGACCUCAAAUUGUCUUGUCUUUGGGGCCCAACUUGUGAUGGCGAUGACGUCAUAGUCACCCGCUGUAUGUUGCCUGACAUGGACGCAGAAGAGUUCUUGAUCAUCUCCGAUGCUGGAGGCUACACUACCACGUGUGCAACCACAUUCAACGGUUUCUGCACACCCAAGACGUGUUACAUCGCACCCCAGGAAACAAGAUCUGUCCUGGAGGAAGCGUUCCCAUUGUAAUAAUAGACAUAACAUCAAUGACAAGAUGAACAUGAGAAUUCUCAACGUUAGUAAU